AGCUUUUCAUCGAGUUGCAACCUGAAGGAGACCCUGCUCAACAUCUCAUUGAGGAAGUGCUAUUUCGUGCAGCAAAGAAAGCUGGCAUCGAGUUUCAUGAUUUGCUUGAAAUACCACAAGGAGAUCGAAGGCGGUAUCAUGACGACAUUUCCAUCAUAAUUAUUUCGUUAGAGGGAAGGAUUUGGAGAUCUUGUGUAUAAAACAGAGCUGCAUAUAGGAAGAUAGAGAGACACGAUCUACUAAAAAAGAACCUGAGGCAUCUCCUUUUUGCCGUUCCUUUUCCCGGGUCACAUCUGUAAAACCAAUUCAGAUAUGCCUGAUCUAAAUGAAUUAUUUGUGUAUUCUUCUCCCUUCACAAUACUAAGUCAAGAAAAUAAACACAUUUUACUCUUUUAAGUGUUCUUUGCCUCCUGUUUUCCUGCUGAGAGGUCCAAUUACUGUGUGCACGUGUGGGUUUCGCCUGAUGGCUUAUGCUGAUAAAAAUCUUGCUUACUGGAUAGUGCAAAAUGCAAAUUCACCAAAACAUCAAAGUUCAUAUUUUGAAAAAGACCACUGGACCACCACGAGUUCUCAGAGCCUGCUACGUGGCGAAAGGCAAGACCUUGUGAUGAAGGCGGUACUCGGGACCCUCCUGGUUGAUCUGGCGCACCCCAAACCCGCCCACACACGGGAGAGAGAGAUCGCCAAGCCGAGCAAACUACCGACAGCUAUGGCGAGCUCAAAUGCGGCAACAGCAUUGGGAACUGACUAUCAAGUGUUCUUGAGUUUCAGAGGACCUGACACUCGUACUGGGUUCACUGACGUCCUCUUCCAUAGCCUGAUCGAUCAUGGAGUUUGCGUCUUCCGAGACGAUGAAGAGCUCCCUUUCGGUGAAAGGAUCGAUGGAUCGCUUGAGCGAGCGAUGGACAAUUCCAGGAUCUACAUACCCAUCUUCUCUCGGACCUAUGCUUCGAGCAAAUGGUGCCUUCACGAGCUCGAGCAGAUCUUGGCAAACACCUCCAAAUCGGAAGGUGAUAAAGAGAUUCUACCUAUUUUCUUCGACGUGGAACCUGACGACGUUAAGUUGAAAACUGCGUUAUAUGCCAAUGCCAUACUAAGUUUGCAGAGCAAGAAGAAGCUGAGCAGUGAGCAAGUAAAUGCAUGGAGAGAGGUUCUCAAGGAGGUUGGCGCGAUAAAGGGGUGGGAAGUGAAGAAGUACAAAGGCCACGGUGAACUAAUCAAAUUGGUAAUUGAGGAGGUUGUGGAAAAAUUGAAGAGAAAACAUAGAUUGGUGACUGAACAUUUAGUUGGAAUUGAUGAUCGAGUUGAAGCAGUAAAUAAAUUGUUAGAUGUCAACUCUGGUGGAGUGAGACUCAUUAAAAUUUAUGGUAUGGGGGGUAUCGGUAAAACAACUCUCGCCAAAGUCGUCUUCAACCGUGUCUCUUCUCAUUUUGGAAAGUAUAGUUGUUUCCUUGAAGAUGUUCGAGCAAAGUCAUUGAGAACUGAUGGCUUAGUUGAGUUGCAAAAAAAGUUAUUAUCCGAAAUUGCCAUUCAUGCUGGAACAAAGAGUAUUGAUGAAAUUGGUUAUGGAAUGCAAAGGAUUGGAGAAGCACUUUCCAAUAAGAAAGUUCUUAUUGUACUUGAUGAUGUUGAUAAUAACGAACAAGUGGAGAAACUAGUUGGAAAGAAUACUUUGCGUUCAGGAUCUAGAAUACUAAUUACAACUAGAAACAAAGAUGUUUUGCGAAUCCAUAGACGAGAUUAUCAUAUUUUAGAUUAUGAAAUGAAGGUGAUGAGUACGAAUUGUGCACUUGAGCUUUUCAGUAGGCUUGCAUUUGACAGCCACUCUCCUUCAGAUGAUUACUAUGAUCUUUCAAGAAAAAUCGUAUCUGCCACCGGGAGACUUCCGUUAGCUCUUGAAGUAAUUGGUUCGUUCCUCUAUGAAAAAGGGCAAGGAAUAUGGCAAGAGGCAUUGGAUAAUUUAAGCAAAGCACCUCACGAGGAUGUUUUUGGAAAGUUGAAGAUUAGCUAUGAUGCCUUAAGUUCCGAGCAACGACAAAUUUUUCUUGAUAUUGCUUGCCUUUUCAUUGGUAUGGAUAAGACGAAUGCAAUUUACAUAUGGAAAGAUCGUGAGUUUUCUGCGGAUACCGGAGUUGAUGUCCUCAUUAACAGGUCUUUGGUAAAGAUUGUGGAGAACAAUAAGUUUUGGAUGCACGAUCAACUCAGAGAUCUUGGAAGAGAACUUGUUCGUCAAGAAAAUCCAAUAAAUCCUGGAAAGUAUAGUAGAUUAUGGAUUAACCAGGAGAUCCUUGAUAUAAGAUCGACAGAGGAGAUGAACAACGUUCAAGCACUGGGUCUUAAUCUAUGCUACACUUAUCUAGAUCUCAUUCUAAGUGAAAAGAUUGGGAGGUCUGAACAUCUAAUGCACCUCAAAUUAAAUGGUGGAUCCUUCAAUGGUAACUUAGUGAAUAGUCUUACCAAUUUAAGCUGGAUUUUCUGGAGGCAGCCUCCUCCGUUGUUUUUUAAGCGAACCAAUGUGCACUUAAAGAAUGUGGUCUUUCUUAAAUUUUCACAUAGUGACUUGAUGGAUGAUUCGACACUACGAAGCGUAAUCAAGAUGGCACAAAAAUUAAAAGUUCUUUCUCUUGAAAGUUGUCACAGCAUAAUCAAAACACCAAGCUUCUCUGGAUGCCCAAAUUUAGAGAGGCUUACUUUCGAACAGUGUUCCAAUUUGAGGAAGAUUGACGACUCUAUUGGCAAGUUGAAGUGUCUAAUUUAUCUGAGGAUCUAUGAUUGCUUUGGUCUUGAAGAUUUGCCUAAAGAAAUCGGGGAUCUAGUGAAUUUGCAGCACUUCUCUGUACAAGAGUGUAAAGUGAAGAAACUCCCAAGUUCCAUAUGGAAGUUGAAACUAUUGCGUGAGGUGCACUUUGAAAGUAGAUUUGAUGACUUAGAUUCAACAAAUUCAUGGGAGUUGCCUAGUACUAUUGGAAUGCUUCAGAAGCUGGAAGUGCUUCUAGUCAAUAAUGAGCAUUUAAAAGGUCAACUUCCUUAUGAAAUCGGAAGUUUGCCUUUUCUAAGAACCCUAGAUCUAUCAUAUACUGGUGUUAGUGAAGUUCCAGAGACCGUUAAGCAGCUUUCUCGCCUACAAAGAUUGAAGUUGAAGGAAUGUAAUAAGAUUCAAGAGUUGCCGGCGCUCCCAACAAGUUUAACCCAUCUACUAGUGUCAUCUGAAUCGUUGCGGGGAACCCCGGAUCUCUCCAACUUGACUAAUUUGGUGGAGUUGGAUCUAAAUGGUUGGGAAGAAGGAGGAUAUAAACUUUGUGACAGUAGGUUGUGGUGGAUCGGGGGUUACCCAAACUGACUAAAACGAGAUUUGGACGUCACAAUGUCCCUGCUCCUGCUGAGCUGGCUUCCUUUCCUCUGUUAAACCAACUUGAUUUUUAUGGGUUGGACCUUCAAACAUUUCCACAACUUCCCUUGUCUCUACAAAAGCAACGCCUUGAUAAUUUUUAUUCAGUUGAGUCACUCUCUCCGAACCUGCAAAAUUUGUCAUAUUUAGAGCUCUUUAGGUCUCAAAUGCAAGUAUUUCAACUCGAUAGGUUUGAACCUCGAAAUUUAACGGAACUCCAUGUGGUAAGUUGUGUACUCCUCGAGAAAUUCAGGCUACCAUGGAUGAGCAAGUUGAAAGUUGUUGAUAUCUUAGAUUGUCCAAAGCUAGUUGAGAUCCAAUUUCAUCGGGAGUCCAAAUCACUGGAGGCAUUGUCUAUUCAACAGUGCCAAUCCCUGGAAAGUCUAGUUUAUUCAGUAAGGAACGAUGGGGUGUCUUAUCGUUGGGAAGGGACAAUAUCGCUUCCAUCGAGAUCCUUUAAGAAGUUGCAACGUUUCAUUCUUGGGGGUUGCCCUGAGAUAUACAGGAUAGACAUUCCCGAUACAUUGGAAUCAUUGGAAUACUUCACCCUUUUUGGUUGUCCUAAUGUGAGAAGUCUGCGGUAUUUGCCAAACUUAAAGAACCUCAAGUAUCUCAGAGUUUUUGGCAACGAUGGGCUGCAGGGUGUCAGGCUGCUUCACAUCGGUGAGUUCCCAGAUUUUGGAUCGUUGACAACGUUCGAGAAUGCACUUAGGAAUUGGCAUCCAUCAUCAUGGCACGAUAUGCCAAAUGAUUGCCACAUAGAUAUCUCCGGCUGUGAGGAAGACUUUCGGGGCUCCCUCAAGUCCUACAGACACCAGAAGGAACAGGAAUUUAAGCAGAGGAGGAUAAGGCGAGAAAGAGAGUUGCGACGAUGGGCGAUCUUCGAAUGUUUUCUUUACUGCAUCUUCCCCUGUUUAUUUUUCUUUCAUUAAAAGCGACUUCAAACGGAAAUUAAAGCAAGCAGAGGGGAAGGCUGGAGGGAGAGUGUUGUUCCAAUGCCUGAGCUUUGACCUAAUGUGAUGUUUGCGGGAAAAGAUGGCAAGCUGGCUGGUUCUUUGACGGCGGAACUGGAGAGUACAGAACGAAAGUUGCCUGAAAGCAGAGGUAAGAGGGUACAGAAACACUCCAAACUGCAUUGGAGGAUGACAUACUUGCCCAUUUUUUUGUAAUUGAUGCCAAUGGCGUCUGGCAAGGCAAAGCGAGAAGAUUUCACCGUCGGCCACGUUUAAAGGCCCCCCUUGUCUGUACCGUAUUUGUGGCCUAUGUGUUUUUGCCUAGAAGGCAUUCGUUUCUUUAACUCGUCUUUGCUUUUAAGCUCGAGCUUUGGCUCCCAACCAAUAUGCACUUAAAAGAAUGUGGUCUUUCUUCAAUUUUCAGACAAUGGCUUCAUGGACGAUCUGAAACUAGGGAGCUUAAUCAAGGUGUGCCAUGCUUUUUCCUAACCUAUUUAACUCAUAUGUUAUCAUUCCUCCGAUGAAUACUGGUAUUCACUUUUUACGGAUGGCAGUUAAAUGUGAGUUUUUUUUUUCCUUCCCUGGUGUUCUCACAUAAUCACAAGACUAGACUUUGUUGGGGCUAACAAAGCAACCUAAAAAGGGGUUGAAUAGG